GGCGUCUCCGGGGAGUCAGGCCCUCCGAGGAGGCUUCCUCUGGGCGGAAGGACCAAGGAGACUCCCCGGGGGAUCCCCCCUCUUCACCCCGACCGGGCACCGGCUCGCGGUUGCACGGGCCCCGGCCCAAGGGUGAAGGCGCCCGGCACAGCCCCUUCCCGGCCAGGCCCAGGCAUGCCCGUCCCUGCAAGGCAGACACCUUGAUGGGACCCUACCUCCCUACAGCCUCGCGGUGGAACAGCUGUUUGACGCAUUCAGAAGAAAGGAUGACAGCCCUACAGAGGAACACGAUGUGAAUGGAAGAGACCUGUCAUUAUGCAAACAGUACGGCACUCUGAACAGACUCUAAAAACAGCUCUCAUCUCAAAGAACCCAACGCUUGUGUCACAGUAUGAGAAGUUAGAUGCUGGCGAACGGCGUUUGCUGAACAAAGCCUUCAAGGCAGACAGUGAUCUCUUUGGACCCAUUACCUUGCAUUCGGAAUCAGAUUGGAUCAUCUCCCAUCCUGAGGCUCCCCAAGACUUCGAACAGUUUUUCAGUGAUCCUUAUAGAAAGGCACCAUCUCCGGAGAAACGCAGUAUUUAUAUACAGUGCAUCGGAUCUCUAGGAAACACCAGGAUUAUCAGUGACGGAUAUAUUAAAUGGCUCAAGGGCUACUGUGAAGCAUUUUUCUAUGGCUUGACAGUAAAACUCCUAGAACCGGUUCCUGUCUCUGUAACGAGGUGUUCCUUUAGAGUCAAUGAUAACACACAAAACCUACAAAUUCACGCAGGAGACAUCCUGAGGUUCCUAAAAAAGAAGAAACCUGGAGAUGCCUUCUGUAUUGUGGGAAUAACCAUGAUUGAUCUUUACCCAAGAGACUCCUGGAAUUUUGUCUUUGGACAGGCCUCUUUGACAGAUGGUGUGGGGAUAUUCAGCUUUGCCAGGUACGGCAGUGAUUUUUAUAGCUCACGCUUUGAAGGCAAAGUGAACAAGCUGCGGAGAGUAUCUUCAAGCGACUAUUCCGUUUUUGAUAGCUAUUAUACCCCUGAAGUGACCAGUGUUUUGCUGCUUCGUUCCUGUAAGACUUUAACCCAUGAGAUUGGACACAUAUUUGGACUUCGACACUGCCAGUGGCUUGCAUGCCUCAUGCAAGGCUCCAACCACCUGGAAGAAGCUGACCGGCGCCCCCUCAACCUUUGCCCUAUCUGUUUACGCAAGUUGCAGUGUGCUAUUGGCUUCAACAUAAUAGAAAGAUACCAAGCGCUGGUGAGGUGGAUUGAUGAUGAGUCGGCGGACACCCCCGGAGUCAGCACGGAACACAGUUGUGAGGAUAAUGUGAAUUUACCAAAACCUGUGGAAGCCUUUAAGGAAUGGAAAGAGUGGAUAAUAAAAUGCCUUGCUGUUGUCCAAAAAUAAGGACCUUCACAUAGUUAUUGAAAUAAACACUUGCACAUUA